AAAUCCAAAGCUAGCAAUUAGAGCGAGUAGCGAAGUGGAACAACCAGCACCGUUCAGAAGAGCUUAAUUUUUGGCGAAUCCAUCAAAAUGACCUUCCAGCAGGUUUCAGUGAGUCUGGCUGCGUUGGGCGCGCUGAUUCAAGUGAUAAGUGCUUGCAACGGUGGAUAUGAGCUGAUUAUAAACAAAAUCGAAAACUGCGGCGGCAACGAUCAAGUCAUCACCAUUGAUCCCAAAUCGGUUGUGACUUUGACCAAGGACUGCCAAGUCACCUCCAAGUCUAUGGUCAAAACGACUGGAUUCAGCAAAGCUGAUAUGACUGUGACGGUGUCGAAAAAUGGAAUCCCGGUGGUGAACGAAAAGGUGGAUGUCUGUGCCAGCAUGGAAGAUGCCAAGGGAAAUAAAGAUGCGGCGGAGAUUAUGACUAUGUUCGGAGUGCCAGAUAAGUGUCCGGUUGCGGCAAUGGAAAUUCAAACCUCCGAAGAUAAGCCGUACAGUUUGGAACGUUACAAGAACCAUUUGCUGGUUGCGGAAGGAAAGAUCCACGUCGAUAGCAAAAUUGUGCAUGACAAGGGAGAAAGCUGCUUCAAAAUCGAUAUGGAAGUCAAAAGGGCUGGAGGUUUACUCGGAUGAGUGUAACCGAAUGUUAGGUGAAGGGUCAAAUAGAAUGUACUUCAUACCUAAUAAUAGAAAACGUUGAUAUGAAUUUGUCUGUCUGAUUUAAGUUUGUUCAAAAAUUAUAUUCCAUUGAAAACGUACUGAAAAUUGUAACUGGAAUCACAGAGCUUCACAAAUGUUAUGAUACUAA